CACCAUCGCCAAGACCUCCAAGCAACUCAAAUCUUCCACUUUGAACACCUCUUUUAACGCUCAGACUCUUUUCUUUAGUCGAACUAUUCUAGAUCUCGCAAUUAUGCAGCGUCGCAUGCUUACCAAAGAAGAGGAGGCCGCAACGGGCGGUGAAGAGACGGAAGUCCGCCGCGAGGACCAAGAGAAGAUCAACAAAUUCAGCACUUUGCACCAGAAAGAAACGAAUCUGGAGGACGAGCUGAAACUCAAACAGAAAGAGAAAGAAGAUCUGGAAGAAAUCUCCAAUGAACUCGAGCUCGUUGAUGAGGAAGAGAAAGUUAUGUACAAAAUCGGCGACUGCUUCGUCGCACUCCCACAACCUGAAGUCCUUGACCUACUAUCUACUUCUACAGAAGACAUUGACAAAGAGGUUACUGCCAUUGAAGAGCGGCUUAGUACGAUUCGCGACGAGAUGCAAGACCUCAAGGUCGCACUGUAUGCACGGUUCGGAAGAAGUAUUAACCUGGAAACCUGAGGUGCAUAUGCACAAGGGAGAAGUUUUCCGGUGAUGGCGUCAGGAUAUCC